AAAAGCUGUACAGUUCGCCGAGUGCGCUUCGCCAGAGAGGUUAUCAGGUUUUGCGCUCGUUGGGGCGACGGGGCGGCAUAGAGCAUACAGUGAGACCACAGAGAGAUGACCAGCCAGGCGGUGGCGACGACGGGCGGACUUCCGUUCCGAUUCACCGAUGAGCGUACCAUCAAGUUUGUGGAGCUCUACGGUCGGGAGCCCUGCUUGUGGAACAAGAGGCCCUACCUGAGAGGGGCGAGGAACGCAGCCUACAAGCGGAUCAUGGCCGGGAUCAAUGCAAAUAUCGAUCGGGGGGAAAACGGACUUUCCAUCCAGGGGGUUAAAAUAAAGAUCAAGAACCUAAGAACCGGAUAUCAUCAGGAGCUCAAGAAGAUCAAAUCGAACCCUAGACGCUACCGGCCCAAGAUACCCUGGUUCGCCCCACUGCACAAGUUCCUGGCGGAGUUCGUAGACACGAGCGAGCACGAUACUAGGGAUGUGCCGCAACUGAAGCGACUGUCCGUUCGUCUUCACCGCCUGAAGCCCAUUAAGCUGCAGGAAAUGGUCAAGCUGGAGCCUGAGGAGAUCGUCACCACAGAGCCAGACAUUACAACAGCGCCGUCGCUGUUCACCGUUCUUCCCGUGACCAUGCCAAUUGAACAGCCACCCACUCCACCGCCGUCUCUUCCGAAGGUCCCAGAGGUCAGCAUAAUGCCAUCCUCACACACGGCCCGCAGCGAGAUCCGUGGGGAAGACGAGUUUACGUUCUUUGGUUUGAGCGUGGCGGCCCAGCUCCGUAAUAUGCCGAUCUCCAAUUCCAUGAUCAUGCAGUCUAAGAUCCAGUACAUACUCUCCAUGGAACGUCGCAAGAUCAACGGACAUGCGGGCGAUAUGAAUAUUUUUAACUAAUGCGACCACCUUUUCAAAAUAUCCUAAUGAUCAUAAGAUCGUUAUCUAUGGUACUUUUUAAAUAUAAUUUACUACUUAGGUUGUGAUUUCGUUUUAGGUUUUACUAUUACAUACAUGUACGUCUACCACUGAAUACAA